UCGUGUUUGUUGCGAUGAUUUUUGUUUAUUAUUAUUAAUAUUAAACUGCAUAUGCGUACGAAGUUACGUUUUCCUGGACGUUCUAUCGAGUGUCUGCYKAUAUUUGUUGCACAUUAUUAUUUUCAAAUAUAUUGUAGUGGUGAAUAAACGAUCGUUUGCGCUAUCAGAACUGCUGCGGUAUCAAUCUAGGCGAUAAAGUCUCGGAUCGAGUUCGUUCGGUGUAAACUUACACGCCCCAGGGGAAAAAAAUCAUGCAGUGUCGGAUCAGGCGGAUAAAAAGUUAUUUUUAUACAAGUCUAACGAUCAACACGACUUUCAUCAUAGUUCGUCUUAUCAACAAUGGAAUUUAAUGUGCAACAUAAACACACUGUUCACUGGUUUCGUAAAGGGUUGAGAAUACACGACAACCCUAGUUUACGAGAGGGACUGAUUAAUGCCAGCACAUUCCGAUGCAUUUUCAUACUCGAUCCGUGGUUCGCCGGUGUGUCAAAUGUGGGCAUCAAUAAAUGGAGAUUCCUAUUGCAAUGUUUGUCAGAUUUAGAUAACAGCCUCAAAAAACUAAAUUCUAGACUUUUUGUAAUCAAGGGACAACCAGCCGAGGCAUUACCUAAACUGUUUAGACAAUGGGGUACAACAAACUUCACGUUUGAAGAAGAUCCUGAACCGUUUGGUCGAGUGAGAGAUCAAAAUAUAAAAGUCAUGUGUAGUGAAAUGGGAAUUUCUGUCAUAACUCGUUGUUCACACACCUUGUACCAAUUAGAUAAAAUAAUAAAUGUGAAUGGCGGGAAAGCUCCAUUGACAUAUCACUUAUUUCAAAAAUUAUUAGAGUGUAUUGAUCCACCAGAAAGAGCUGUACCUAGCAUAGACAAAGAAUUUCUUGGUAAUGCUUUUACACCAAUUAAAUAUGACCACGAUGAAAUAUUUGGUGUCCCUACACUUGAAGAACUCGGAUUUAAGGAGAUAAACAACUCAGCACGACACAUAUGGGUUGGGGGCGAAACGGAAGCUUUGAUAAGGUUGCAAUGUCAUUUGGAGCGAAAAGCAUUCAUCGCAUCUUAUGGAAAGCCAAAAAUGACACCACAAUCCUUAGUAGCUAGUCCCACUGGUCUCGCGCCGUAUUUGAAAUUUGGAUGCUUAUCCACUAGAUUGUUUUUUUCAGAGCUAAACGAACUUUAUAAGAAGAUACGAAAAUCCCAACCACCGCUUUCAUUGCACGGACAACUGUUGUGGCGAGAUUUCUUCUACUGUGCGUCCACUAACAAUCCGAACUUUGAUCGAAUGGUCGGAAAUCCGAUUUGCGUGCAAAUACCUUGGGACAAGAAUCCCCAAGCUCUGUCCAAGUGGGCGAACGGACAAACCGGUUAUCCAUGGAUUGAUGCGAUCAUGAUACAGUUGAGGCAAGAAGGCUGGAUCCACUGCAUAGCGAGGCACGCAGUCGCGUGCUUUCUCACCCGGGGUGACCUGUGGCUAUCUUGGGAAGAAGGAAUGAAGGUAUUCGAUGAACUAUUGUUGGACGCCGAUUGGUCAGUAAAUGCUGGAUAUUGGAUGUGGUAUUCGUGUUCGUCGUUUUACCAAGAGUUCAUUCACUGCUAUUGCCCUGUUAGGUUCGGUCGAAAAGUAGAUCCGAACGGUGAUUAUGUAAGGAGAUACAUUCCAGUGUUGAAUAAUAUGCCUAGUCAAUAUAUUCAUGAGCCGUGGUUAGCGCCUGAGUCCAUUCAGUUUACUGCCAAUUGUAUAAUUGGCAUUGAUUAUCCAUUACCAAUCGUCAAUCAUGUCAAUGCUUCUAAAAUCAAUCUCGAGCGGAUGAAACUGGCAUAUCAGCAGUUGUCUAACUGUCAGCCACAAUUAGAAAAUGGUAAAUUAAUUCUUAUCUCCUCAGCGAGGAGAUAAAUUAACACAUUGUAUCAUAAAGUAUAAGCAAGCAUAGUUAUAGUAUAUUAUUCAUAAUAUGAAAUUCAUUAAUUAAUGGCAYCCUAAAAUAAAAUUAGGUGUAUUAAUUGAA